AUGUAUGAUGCCUUCUCACAAGUGGCAAACGAAGUCAUUGGUGGCUAUGACGAUGAUCUGGUCAACACUUUUACCACCCAAUUGACCUCGAGUAGUGACUUUCACCAUAUUCUGAGCUUUUGUCAAAGAUACUAUGAAAGGAAGAAUGCUAACAGAAUUCACAGCACUGCCAUCAUCGAAAACAAUCGGACAGGAACUCUCAAAACUCAAAUGACCAAUGCAACCAGUGCGUUCGAAGGUUCCAUCUCCAAAUACGCGCAUACAAUCCUGCAACAGCCGGUGGACACGAGCGCAAUCGGAUAUUCGUACAGUGACCACGCGAACAGCGGGCCCUGGGUUCUUAAGAACGGCACGUUCGCUCAACCUGCCCCGGACGGUUUAUUUGACAAGUACAAAAGUUCCGCGAAGGCCGCUAUGGUUAGUGGUGCGAUCUCGUGGCUGUGGACGACUGAGUCGGUGUUCAUUGUCUCGGUAUCUCAGGAGAUCAAUGGCAAGAUGCCUUGUGACCUCGAUACCACUGAUGACAUCGACUUGAAGAACCGCGUUUGCGAUGGGGACAUGGCAUACUUCUUCAUCAAGAACGCGGGCAUCGACAACCCCUGGGAGCCCUAUGGUGAGGCUCCUGGCUUCGACAAGCUAUCCUCGUGGGGAUUGAAUGGCGUCGACGUGGCCAAGGCUUCGAUAGCGUCCCAGGAUACAGGUGGUUACCUGAAGGAUUGGUCCCUCAAGGAAACCCUUCCAUUCCUACGAGGCUCUAAGGCACCUCCGAAGGCUCUGAUGUUCAACCUCCCUGUCUGCUCUUUGGACUACAUGAAGGACAGUUGGCCGGGUGGCCACCCUACUUCUGAGAACGACGACGGCGAGCCCACCGACGCGACUUACGUACGAUGGAUCAUCGAUGCCGUUUGCUGGUCUCAGACCGUCAACGAUCAGGAUUUCCCGUAUGAUCAUCUCUCUGGGCCCAACGAAGUGACCGGGUGCCAAGGUGGCGGUUCGCCCUGCUUCUAA